AUGAGUAAACGAGCAUCACCUACUGGCAAUCCAUUUUCUGUCCUUCGAAGCUGUAGAGUUUUUGGAUAUACUAUGCACGGCCCUUUCAAAUGGGACACGAUCAACACAUCAAAGCCAGUUCAUCCCAUAUUUGUCAAAGUGUUUUCCCCAGCAUCCUCAAGUAGACUACAGAUUGAAAAUGUUUCUCUAGAAUAUUUAAAUCUACAGACUACACAUUUGACUGACUCGGGACAUGCAAGUACAGCUGAUAAAGAACUGAAUAUGCACGUAGAGAUAAUGCGUCUUGUAAAAACGAUUCCAAACAAACAACGUCAAUCCAUUUCAUGCAUUGUAGCUAUGCAACGUUCUAAAACCAACAUUGAAAAAAUCGAGCGUUAUUUGCCUAUAUUCCAAAAUCUAUUUGAUGAUGGGGUUCCAAAGAAAUCCAACAACGUCUUUUCGAUUCCUGAUGAAAGUACAUUAAAAUCGGUUGAUGCACUUAUUAUUCCAGAUACGUGGGCAUUGACUGCAUCUUCACUGCUGGUGAAUUCUUUUACUCAUAAUUCGAACAUUUGUGCAGUAGGACCAAAGAACUCUGGUAAAUCAACCUUUACUCGUUACUUGAUCAAUCGCUUUUUGGAAAGACAUCCCGAGGUUGCGUAUAUGGAUUGUGAUCCAGGACAGCCAGGAUGCACUCCAAAUGGCAUGGUGUCUUUGCAUGUCAUUAAUUCUCCACUUUUAGGUCCUGCAUUUACUACUCAAAGGGAUUCGUAUCGAUCGUUUUUCAUUGGAAGCACAGCACCAAAAGAUGAUCCAGAUUUUUUCAGUGCAUGCGUACUGGAGCUUGUCAAUGUAUGGCAAACAGAACUCAUUAAAAUGCCAUUGAUUGUCAACACGAAUGGAUGGAUCAAAGGAACGGGAUAUGAUUUGUUGGCACAUUUUCUGCGAUAUCUUUUGCCAACUGAUAUUGUUCAUCUUUCAUUAGCAUCACAAGCUGAUAGCACGACUGAAAUUGAUUUUAAAAGCAUCUUUCCUGUACAACAUUCGUUUGAUAUCUGGAAGAUCAAGCCUGCACCAAGUGACGCGUUAUCCAAGAUCAAGCUCAAUGCAUCAGACCAGCGUGUUCUCACAACUAUUUCAUAUUUUAUGAGACAUGCUACAUUGUUCAAGAAUCAGAAUACACAAAUCGAGGUUAAAUAUAAAUGGGAUUUAGAUACACCAUUAACAUCUCGCAUUCCUUACAGCGUGCCCUGGAACCAUGUUCGCAUCAAGUUUUUUUCUGAAGAUAUUUCGUUUAGCCAGGCUCUUUAUGCGCUAAAUGGCACUGUUGUAGGAUUGCUGGUGGAUCAAACUAAAUAUCAAACAACUUUGACUGAGCAAUGUACAUCAAACGAGACUUAUCUCCAGAUUGUACCAACGCAGUCACUGCUGCAUCCUCAUAAUCACCAUUGCAUUGGACUCGGUAUCAUUAGAUCCAUUGAUCCACGGCAAAAACAGUUUUAUAUUGUGUCACCAUUACCACUGCACCACUUGAACAAGGUGAAUUUGAUUGUGCGAAGUGCGGGAUUGGACCUUCCUGUAUGUUUGAUUACAGAUGGAUAUCAGAAUUCACGCAAACAUUUACCAUACACAACGUAUAUUCCUGCCGAGGGCGUUGGCGCAGUAGCCAUACGCAAUCGGCAUUUGCAACGACGAGGUCUUGUCAAUGCACAGCAAAGAUCCGGCUCCUAG